AUUUCAGUCAUCCGUCGUGAGCCGUUGGUAGAAGAUUCGUUUUCUUAACGGGUAGCCCGAAUCCGUAGAACUCCGUGGACUCCCAAGUGCUGGGAUACAAGUUAUCCUGGAACGGUUAUUGCCUACAAGUGAAACCACAUCGGAAGUUAGCCAUUUCGGUAAAUGUGAAACGGAUCACCCGUGCGUCCUGUUUGGAAAGACUCCAACAGAAUACGGUUUUGAAACUUUUCGAUAGCUGUGAAACCAGGAUUUAAAACUUGGAGCUAAGCUGCUCCCCCAAAGGAGUAAAAUAUCGUGUUUUCCUGUGGAUGUAAGCAAACAACCGCCACACAAUGCACGGAGGGUUCGAUCCGGACAAAGCUGACUCCGCUUCGCUGCGAGACAAGGUGAAACUAUCUAAGGGAGAAACAUGGCGUAUCAUAAAGAACGUUUCGACCGUUUCGUUUGCCUUCAUGGUACAAUUCACCGCUUUCCAGGGAACAGCUAACCUGCAAUCUUCCAUCAACGCCAAAGAUGGCCUGGGCACGAUCUCAUUGGCUACGAUCUACGCUGCCCUGGUUGUGUCCUGCAUCUUCCUGCCGACGCUGAUCAUCCGAAAGCUGACGGUGAAGUGGACGCUCUGUGUGAGUAUGCUGUGCUAUGCUCCCUACAUUGGUGCGCAGUUUUAUCCCACAUUCUACACGCUGAUCCCGGCUGGCGUUUUAGUCGGUCUGGGUGCAGCUCCUAUGUGGGCCAGUAAAGCCACUUAUCUCACCCAACUCGGUCAAGUGUACGCCAAGCUGACGGAACAAUCCGUUGAGGCCAUCAUUGUGCGAUUCUUCGGAUUCUUCUUCCUGGCCUGGCAAACCGCUGAGCUUUGGGGAAAUUUGAUCUCUAGCUUGGUUCUCUCGAGUGGGGCUCACGGAGGAGGAGCUAUUGUACAUGACGACAAUGACACCAUCAAUCAGUACGACACUUGCGGUGCAAACUUCUGCCCCGUUGCGACUACGGAUAACGCCAAUUUGGCCAGACCUCCAGAUUCGGAAAUUUACGAAAUUUCAUCGAUCUAUCUGGCUUGUAUCGUUGCUGCUGUAGUGAUCAUUGCUUUGUUCAUGGAUCCACUUUCCCGAUACGGAGAGAAGCGACGCGGUUCGAUUUCGGCUGUUGAAGUAUCCGGCAUUCAGCUGCUGUCAGCCACCUUCAAACAAAUGAAGAAAGUUAAUCAACAGUUGCUGAUUUUGAUCACGAUCUUCAUCGGUAUGGAGCAGGCCUUCAUCGGUGCAGAAUUCACCCAGGCGUUUGUGUCCUGCGCUCUCGGAAUCCAUCAGAUUGGGUACGUGAUGAUCUGCUUCGGAGUGGUGAACGCCAUUUGUUCAAUCGUGUUCGGUUCCAUCAUGAAGUACACGGGUCGUAUCGCGAUCAUCGUAUUGGGUGCUCUCGUCCAUGGUGGUGUCAUUAUCUACUGUGUCUUCUGGAAACCACACCCCGAUCACGCGAUGGUAUUCUUUGCCAUUUCCGGCCUGUGGGGUGUUGGUGAUGCUGUGUGGCAGACUCAGAUCAAUGGUAUCUACGGAGCACUGUUUCGACGGAACAAGGAAGCUGCCUUCUCUAACUAUCGCCUGUGGGAAUCGGCGGGCUUCGUGAUUGCCUACGUUUACUCUCCGGCGCUGUGUGCGCUGAUGAAGCUCUACAUUCUGUUCAUUGUGUUAGCUGUCGGAAUGGUUGGAUACACCGUUGUCGAAAUCCGACAAGCUGCCAAGGAACGUCGCCUCAAGAAGCUGGAGGAGAAACAGCAGCACACUGAAGCCGAACGCAAGGAAAUCGAAGACGACGAUGAGAAGGACGAACUGGAGGAAGAUAUCGUCGUCACGCACCUGUAGACAACGAUUGCAUACGACUUGAGUUGGGCUGGAAAACUAGUCUUUUAUUACAUUUCAACAUGAUAUCAGAUUCAGUUUUUUUCUCAACUCGGGAAAGAAAAUCGAGGAAUUUGUCAUCGCUGGUCAAUUUUCCUCCCGAAUGCUUCCGUUGAAGUUGUUCGCUGAAUGAUUCCUAUUUAGAUUUAACAGCUAUUUAAAUUCAUAUCGAUGAUGGCCAGACCAUCAUCGUUGUAUAGUCUAGAGAUGAACGCACAUUCUUCGUUUCGGAAGUCAUAUAGCACAUUUCAGCAAACCGUUAUCAUCGUUCAAGCAUAACUGUAGGAGAAUUAGUAAAUAAAAAGAGGCACGUGCACACAAACAACAUGCAUGAAUACGUACAACUAACUCAAAAUAACCCACAAAAGAAGGAUUUCUCAUAGCCGAUUCAAUUAUGAACAGUAAUUAGAUCUCACUGCGACACCUUAAACUAGUGGAGUACAAAUUUCUUUCUUAUGUACUUGUUACUGUUCAAAGUGGAUGGCCGGCAUGAUUGAUUUUUUUUGUUCCCCACAAUACAAGAACUUUAAAAACUUCUAAGAGUAAUGUUGAAAGUAAAGGCAGAAACACAAUACAGCGUCGGACGUCGCGUCGCGUCAGCUGUCAAUGCUGUCGUUGAGUACUAAAACGCUGACGCGACGCACUGGGAAUUUUUUGCAGCACAAUACAGCGUCCACUGACAAGGCUUUCAGAAUUUUUGAGAAAAAACUCGGGGUGCCUAACAUUACAAAACACAGAUAAAUGACGAUAAUCUUAUUUUUGAGCAUAUUUGCGUCAAACUUUGACAAAAAAGCAUAAAACAGAAACAUUCAAAACCCUGCUGACGCGCUGGAUUUUUGAUUUAUUUCAAAACAAAAACGUCGACGCUGGAGAACGCUGCCGUUUAGAACAAGUUUUGCGUUUUAGUACAAUGCCUUCGCUGACGCGACGCACCAUUGUGGCGACUCAAACGGAAAAUGGCAUCCUCAAAAUUAAAUGUCAACGCGACGCGACGAUCGGCGCUGUAUUGUGUGGCAGCCUUAACGUAGAGCGCAGCGUAAAAUUCCCGGAUAACAUUCUUUCACAAUUCAUAUUGUUGAGUACAGUUUUUAUAGUAGUUUGUACAGUAGAAACAGUAAUUUCAUCACACGCGAUCCUGUUAAUUUGAAAUGAGCAAUAUAAAUAAAACGAACAAACUUACAGAUUACUGUAGGUCCAGAAUGCCAACAAAGUUAUUGUCGAUAGGAAUAAUUGUAAAUAUAGAAGUGUUGAUCACA